AUGGCAUUCAAUUCACCAGGUCUCCAUGAAAACUCUGUCCUGUAUCAUCAGCGAAUAGCAGGCCGCCAGCGAGACCCCGUCCUCGUUUCGAGUCAAAUACCGCCGCACCGCCGCCUCCAGCCCGUACCCCCGCUAGCCGCCCUCCGUAGUGCAGGUCAGAACGCCGUGCGCCACCAGGAACCGCAGGAUCCUGUCCACCAUAGCCGCCGCAUCAGGGUUUUUCGUCGGGAGGCGCGCGGCCAGCUCGGAGGCCGAAGCGGCCGGCUCGGCUUGCUUGAUCAGCUCAAGGAGGUCGAGCUCGACCGCGGCUCGCAGGACCAUGGGAAGGACAGAUCCCGUAGCCAGCUGCAUUGCAAACACGCCAGCUUCUUCAUCAUUGUCAUUUGGAAGGGAUCGGGCCGCAGGGUUACUGGUUUUCUCGCUGUUGGAGCCCAUUCGGUUGGGGAAAUAGGGAUAUUUGUGAAGAGGAUUAUCAAUAUAAUUUGGUAA